CUCCAGGAUGAAACGCCAUAGAACACUCAGCAGCAGUGACAGUUCAGACGAGAGUCCUUCCACUUCCUUUACUUCUGGAUCAAUGUAUAGGAGCAAGUCAAGAAUUCCAAAUGAACACAAGAAGCCUGCUGAGGUAUUCCGGAAGGACCUCAUCAGUGCCAUGAAACUUCCAGAUUCUCAUCACAUUAAUCCUGACAGCUAUUACCUCUUUGCGGAUACAUGGAAGGAAGAAUGGGAAAAGGGAGUCCAGGUACCAGCCAGUCCAGACAGUGUUCCACAGCCUUCCCUCAGGAUUGUAGCCGAGAAGGUAAAGGAGGUUCUGUAUAUGCGGCCCCGGAAGUACAUCCACUGCUCCAGCUCGGAAACCACAGAACCUGGCUACAUCAACAUCAUGGAGUUGGCAGCAUCUGUGUGUCGCUAUGACCUAGACGACAUGGACAUCUUCUGGCUCCAGGAACUCAAUGAAGAUCUCGCAGAAAUGGGUUGUGGGCCAGUUGAUGAGAAUCUUAUGGAAAAGACAGUAGAAGUCCUGGAACGCCAUUGCCAUGAAAAUAUGAACCAUGCUAUUGAGACAGAGGAAGGGCUAGGCAUAGAGUAUGAUGAAGAUGUGAUCUGUGAUGUGUGCCGGUCUCCAGACAGUGAAGAAGGGAAUGAUAUGGUGUUCUGUGAUAAGUGUAACAUCUGUGUGCAUCAGGCCUGCUACGGCAUCCUCAAGGUCCCAGAAGGCAGCUGGCUGUGUCGUUCCUGCGUCCUGGGCAUUCAUCCGCAAUGUCUGCUAUGUCCAAAGAAAGGGGGGGCCAUGAAAACUACCAGGACAGGGACUAAAUGGGCUCAUGUCAGCUGUGCCCUGUGGAUUCCAGAGGUCAGCAUUGCUUGUCCGGAGAGGAUGGAACCAAUCACAAAGGUCUCCCACAUCCCACCCAGUCGAUGGGCCUUAGUCUGCAACCUGUGCAAGUUGAAGACAGGGGCUUGUAUUCAGUGCUCUGUGAAAAGCUGCAUCACUGCCUUCCACGUCACCUGUGCCUUUGAGCACAGCCUGGAGAUGAAGACCAUCCUCGAUGAGGGCGAUGAAGUGAAGUUCAAGUCUUACUGCCUCAAGCACAGCCAAAAUAGGCAGAAACUCGGGGAGGCUGAGUACCCCCUACACAGGGCUACAGAGCAGAGCCAGGCCAAAAGUGAGAAAACCGGCCUGCGGGCACAGAAGCUUCGGGAGCUGGAGGAGGAGUUCUAUUCCCUGGUCCGCGUGGAAGAUGUGGCCACAGAGCUGGGGCUGCCCACACUAGCCGUGGACUUUAUCUAUAACUACUGGAAACUGAAGCGGAAAAGUAACUUCAAUAAGCCGUUAUUUCCUCCGAAGCAGGAUGAAGAAAACGGCCUGGUGCAGCCAAAAGAGGAGAGUAUUCACACUCGCAUGAGAAUGUUUAUGCAUCUACGGCAAGACCUAGAGAGGGUCCGAAAUCUGUGCUACAUGAUAAGCAGGCGAGAGAAGCUGAAACUAUCACAGAACAAAAUACAGGAACAGAUCUUCGGUUUGCAAGUCCAGCUUGUUAACCAGGAAAUUGCUGCAGGACUUCCUUUGACAAAUGCACUAGAAAACUCACUGUUUUACCCACCACCAAGAAUUACCUUAAAGUUAAAAAUGCCCAAAUCAGCGCCAGAAGACUGCCGAGACAGUCCCGCAGAGCCUGAGCCCGGAGCCCUGUCCUCUGCUAGCAGCACCCCUGCUCACAGCAUAAGGAGCGCGCAGGUGCCUCAGGAGUCACUAGAAACGAGAACGAGACCGUACCCGCGACACCCACUGGAGAGCAAAAAUAACCGUGUGCUGGCCAGUCUCGGCCACUCUAGGAGCGAAGCGAAGGAUCCCAGUCCUGCUUGGAGCACCCCAUCUCCAGAGUUCUAUCACGGGCAGUCGCUGGGGAAGCCUCUGGUCCUUCAGGCUGCCCUGCAUGGACAGUCUUCCAUGGGGAACGGGAAAAGUCAGCCUACCUCCAAGCUUGCCAGAUCCAACGGCCUGGAGGGCAGCUGGUCUGGAGAUGUCACCCAAAAAGACAGCUCGAGUGCCAUGUUCUGUGACCAGGAGUCCAUGCUCAGCUCCCACUUGGCCAGUCAGGGCACCUUUAGAAAAUCUACCGUGGAACACUUUAGCAGGUCCUUCAAGGAGGCCACCAGCAGGUGGGUGAGGACCGCAGAGGACCUCCAGUGCUGUGCAAAGCCAACCAAGAAUAUUAACCCCAAGGAGCAGCUCUGGGGCAAGCAGCUUGUCAGGCGGUCUGCAGGGAGAGCUCCCUAUCAGGAAAACGAUGGGUAUUGCCCAGAUUUGGAGCUGAGUGAUUCAGAGGCAGAAAGUGAUGGGAAUAAAGAGAAGGUCAGGGUAAGGAGAGUUAGCUCAGACAGGGAAAAUCCUCCCCAUGACUCUCGACGGGAUUGCCAUGGCAAGAGCAAGACACAUCCCCUUUCCCACAGCUCGAUGCAGAGGUGA